AUGCCUCUGGGGACAGCUGGAGAGAACAGCUAUACACAUGUUCUUCACUCCCUGACAAGAUGGCAGGAAGGUACCCCUCCAACUUCCCACAGAGAAGAAAGCAAUGUAGUCUGGCCGAUAGGACAACUCUGAAAAUUCAAAUUUUCCGUUCUAAAGGUUUGAGUUUAAAGCUAUACUUGAUGGUAUAAAGACACAUGGCAACAAAAAGAAUGGCUGGGAAGUAGAAGGCCUAAUUCCUAAAGCAGGUCCAGGGAGGGUAGAAUUGGGGAGAUGUUUGGACCUCAGAGAAAGGGGAUUGAAAAGCUGUUCAUAAUCAAUCUUUACCUGCAGUCAUCUAGAAUCACCCAAAUGAGUAUACAGCAUGAACACUGUCCCCUCCUGAAUUUACCCAGUACUGACCUGCACACCACAGAUGAGAAACUAGGGAACAGCAGCUCUGGGAGGUGGGAGGAGUUAGGGUCCAGGCCUCCCCGUAUCCAAUUUCUCUUUGUCAGCUGUGUCACUCAGCUGUCCACUUCACUCCAGCCCUGUCAUUCCAGCUCUGACACCAAGGCAAGACGCUAGGUCUACAAAUACCGUCUGGGUGGCUGGUGUGAGUUCAGAGGAUACUGGGGGGGGCUUGGCCCCCAGAAAGAGGACCAGUCUUCCUCCAGUGCUACCGCCAAGGCCGCAGGGGCUCCUCUUCCCUCCACAGACUGAACUGACAGGGAGUCCCAAACGAUGACAGAAAAGAAGGUGCUGGAGUCCCCUAAACCCUCCCCAGCAGAGACUCGGCAAAGUGGGCUACAGCGGCUGAAGCAGUUAUUCAGGAAGGAGUCUGCUGGGACAAAGGAGAUGGAGCUUCCCCCAGAGCCCCAGGCUAAUGGGGAGGCAGUGGGAGCUGGGGGUGGGCCCAUCUACUACAUCUAUGAGGAAGAGGAGGAAGAAGAGGAGGAGGAGGAGGAGCCACCCCCAGAACCUCCUAAGCUUGUCAAUGAUAAGCCCCACAAAUUCAAAGAUCAUUUCUUCAAGAAGCCCAAGUUCUGUGAUGUCUGUGCCCGGAUGAUUGUGCUCAACAACAAAUUUGGGCUUCGCUGUAAGAACUGCAAAACCAACAUCCACGAACACUGUCAGUCCUACGUGGAGAUGCAGAGAUGCUUCGGCAAGAUUCCCCCUGGUUUUCAUCGGGCCUACAGCUCCCCACUCUACAGCAACCAGCAGUACGCUAGUGUCUCUGCUGCAAAUCGUAAUGACCCUGUGUUUGAAACACUGCGCACUGGGGUGAUCAUGGCAAACAAAGAACGGAAGAAAGGACAGGCAGAUAAGAAAAAUCCUCUAGCAGCCAUGAUGGAAGAGGAGCCCGACUCGGCCAGACCAGAGGGAGGCAAAGCCCAGAAUGGAAACCCUGAAGGGGAUAAGAAGGCUGAAAAGAAGACACCUGAUGACAAACACAAGCAGCCUGGCUUCCAGCAGUCUCAUUACUUUGUGGCUCUCUAUCGGUUCAAAGCCCUGGAGAAGGACGACCUGGAUUUCCCGCCUGGAGAGAAGAUCACGGUCAUUGAUGACUCCAAUGAGGAGUGGUGGCGGGGGAAAAUAGGGGAGAAAGUCGGAUUUUUCCCUCCAAACUUCAUCAUUCGGGUCCGGGCUGGAGAACGUGUGCACCGGAUCGUGGUGCAGAAAGGAGAUGAAGCUGGCGGCUACGUCAAGGUCUACACUGGCCGCAAGGUGGGGCUGUUCCCCACCGACUUCCUGGAGGAGAUUUAGGUGUGCAGGCCGGCGCCUGCUGGCGGGAGAGACUCGGGCCGGGUGCGGGCAGGCCCAGUGGAAGGUGGAGAGGAAAUGGAGUGGAAGCAACUCUACUGCUGAGUCAGGGAGGAGCGGGAAGGCCCGCCAGAGCGAGACGGGGCUCCUGGGAAGGGACUGGUUCCCGCCCUCCUCCCUGGGCUAUGCCAUCGGAUACUGGUGCCUAGAACAGCCCUUGAGAGCUGGAAAAAAUUGCGUUUCCACUAGGAGGCGCCCUGGGUUGCGGGGGUGGGUGGGAGGCGAACUGUUGAAUGUU